GACCAGGGCCAUACAACGUAUGUAAGUAUAACCGGCAACGCCGCGUAUGUGGAGACUCCCAACAUCAAACGAGUGCUCCACUGCGAAGUGCUACUUUCGCCCACAUCUCGUCAUUUCUUCCCCGUUUUCACGCCUUGGCAUCUUUACUAUUGAAUAUGGCGGCGUGUAUGAGGCGAAUUUGCGGAGCUGGACUGUUAAAAUCUAAUCAUGGAAUCGUUUUGCAACAGGCUAAUAAAUAUUCUUCUAGCAGCACCUGGACUAAGAGCCAGAAAGCGUUGUGCACGUCAGCUGGAGUGCUGGCGGGUGGUGUAGCAGCUCUUUGGUACACUCUGGACCGCUCUGUCCAAGCAAAGGAUCUUAUCCUUCAUCCUCCUGAGCAGGAUUGGCCACACAAGGGACUUCUGGGGUCUUUUGACCAUGCAAGCUUGCGCCGUGGGUAUGAAGUCUACAAGCAAGUUUGUGCUGCUUGCCAUAGCAUGCAAUACGUCCGCUACAGAGAAUUGAUUGGUGUCACACACACAGAAGAAGAAGUCAAGGCAGAGGCUGCUGAAAUCAUGGUUGAAGAUGGUCCUGAUGACACUGGUGCAAUGUUCAAGAGGCCUGGCAAACCAGCUGAUCGUUUCCCAAGCCCAUACCCCAAUGAAAAUGCUGCCCGUGCUGCUAACAAUGGAGCCUACCCUCCUGAUCUUUCCCUUAUUGCUGCUGCUCGCCAUGGAGGAGAGGAUUACCUCUUCUCUCUUCUGACGGGUUACUGUGAAGCUCCUGCUGGGGUGGUUCUGCAAGAAGGCCAGCACUUUAACCCUUACUUCAUGGGUGGUGCUAUUGGUAUGGCACAGGCUAUUUACUCAGAGUCUGCCGAGUUUGGUGAUGGCACACCUGCCUCUGCCAGUCAAAUUGCAAAGGAUGUUUCUGCAUUCCUGAGGUGGUGUUCAGAGCCUGAACAUGAUCAACGCAAAAAGACAGGCCUGAAGGCACUACUUAUGCUCGCUGCCUUCACUGCUAUAAGUAUUUACUGGAAGAGGCACUCAUGGUCAUCACUGAAGAGCACUAAGAUUCUGUAUGUACCAAGGAAGAAGUUGUAAAAAUGUAGGCCAAACUAGCAAAAUGAUUCACAAUGUAGGAAUUGUCCCACUCCAGAUCAUUGUGUAGUUAUUACAAUUUAAAAUGUGAUGUUUGCUGGCUACUCUGUCACAUUAUUUUAAAAGCAAACUGGGACAAACACAGCAGGUUCUGUUUGUAAACCCAUUCAUUUGUGAAGGAAAGUGGAACAGUUUCAUUUUUAAAAAUUUGAAUUUAAUGAUUUGUAAUUAUUUGAGUCCUUUGAAAUUGUCAUGUUUUAAUUGGAAUACUCAUGUGUACUGUUCAAUGAAAAGGAGAUGUUAUGACAGGCAUAAAAAUACUCUUGUCUGUGUUAAUUGCUACUGUUGUGUAUCAGUUUUUCAUUUAUUAAAAUAUGUGCUACAAGCUA